UGUUUUGUUCUGGUCUUUGUCUUUUGCUAGUGCCAUUUAUCAGUUAUAUGGACAUCUUUGGUUUUAUUCUUUUGUUUAUUUGUUUGUACAGCCACUUCUUAUGCCACUUGGCUCAUCCUUCAUAUGCAUUAAACAAGGAGCCAUGCCUGCAGUCAUGCAGAUUUUGAAAGAGCCCUCUGUGAGGCUUGUGCUCCAGGUGGGGCUACUUGGUUGCUUUGCUCUCCAGCAGUUCCCUGCAUCAGUGGAUUCUGCUGCACAAGCAUUUGCAGUAGAGAGCAACAAGUGGGUUGCAAAAGCAAUGCAAAACUUUAUAAUUUAAUGCCUAGAAACUUGUUAUGUUUCUCUUUCAGAUAAGCAUUUUCACUGUGAAGAAUCAUGAAGAUGGAUUUUAAAUAAAAAAAAAAAUGACCUUUUUGAAGGAAAAAAAGUGCUAUCCUAUCAGUUAAACUAGAACAUGUAUCUUUUAAUAAACUCUUCUAAAAUUCUUUUGUUCUUUAAUUAGGAAAGCCAACAUGAUCAAUUAACAGGAGGAUCACUACUGUUCAUAUAUUUGACUUACCCUUUUUUUAUGGUUGAAUUUUAUGUGUUUUCAAAUGAUUGUUUAUUUGCCUCCCAACAAUAAAUAAUUAAACCUAUGUUUUGCUACUUAGAACAAUAUGAAUAAAAACAAGAUAAAUAAAAAUACUGAUAUAGAAAUGGGUUUAGCUUUAAGAACAUGUAUUUGCUGUUAGGUAGGGCCUUCACUCAAAGGCCAUUUGUGCUCUCUUUUUUGCAAAGACGAGCAGGUGAAUGGAAAACAUUUGAUUUUCUUUGCUUUACUUUUGGCUCUAGGAACAGAAAAGUUGAAAUGCUGUUAAAAUUCCCCCAAAUCUUUUAGGCUGCACAAUGUUUUCUUAACUAUAAAAAAAAUAAAUCACCCAAAUGAUUAUUUCCUAUUAGCAGUACCUGGAAGCCUACUCUGGUGUUAUGUGCUGUGAGCAACAUGUGUGUUCUGAGACUAGAGUUCUUGUCUUGCAAACACUGGUGAGGAGACACACAGGUGCUGUGCCUGACCAGAGUGUUUAAAUGGGAAUCAUGGUGAAUUCCCACUGUGGAAACUGGUGGAAUCAUGGUAUAUUUAUUCAAAGUAUGUUCGAGUCUUUGUACAAAGUUUGGGUAAGCUUGGGGAAACUCGUUAGGGGGACAGACGUAUUUACCUAUGCACCAAAAAGGUGCUGGUAAAGAUGUGACGUGCAUUUGGGGUCCAGGGAGCAUGUUGGAUUGUAGCAAAUUGUACCCUGGGCCUUCUCUGUUUGUGCUGUGCCAGCCACUGAUGUAGGGGCCUUCUGACAGAUGUGGUUGCCCAGCACACUCAGGAUAGCCUUUGCAGCUUGUAGGUGGGGCCUUUCCCAUCUUCAGGUACAGAAACUAAACUUCAACACUAGGCCUUCAGUUUUGGUAACUUUAUGAAAAACUUUGUGUAUUUGAGAAAUGAGCAAUGAAGCUUAGUGAAGUUUCUGUCAGAAAGGGCUGCUGUGUCUGACUUCUUAGAGAAGUCACUUAGAAAAUACAGAGGAAAUUUCAGAUAAAGCAGAUAAUGGGACCUGUGGGGUAGGAUGAACUUUAACCUUAAGUGGAUUAAGAAGCUGGUGUGUCUAUGACCGGCUCCAGACACAACCAGGCAUGUUCAGACUGCGUACAGGCACUUCUGUGUGCACUGGCCACUGUCUUUUCUCUCUGGUGCCUGAGCAGAAGGUAAGAAAUUAGAAAGGGCAGCAACACCUUUCUGAUGCACUGAGAAGAGUCAGAUUGUACUGACCUUAGUCCUACUACCUUCAUCACACACGCAGUUUCCUCCCAAGCUAACCAACCACACCAGCAGCCCUGGGGUAAAGAGCAAGAGAAGAAGUGAUGGUCUUUGAUCUGUGGUGCUGUUUGUUGCUGCCUGGAGCUAACACCCUCUGCCCAACUUGCUGUCCUAGGCUUGGGAAAGUCCCCAUAUUCCAGGAAUUCACAUUCAGAAUAGACUUUGCUUGGCCUACUGGGUUGAGGGAGGGGAGAAUAAAUGUCUUAGUGUGUCAAAUAUUUAUCCUGCCUCUGAAAGCUAUUUUGUUCUUGGCAUGAGCUCUUCUAGUGCCUGUGAGAAGUCUUGGGCUUGCUCUUCUGAGCCUGAGUCUGAUGGAAACAUUUAUGUGACAGAGUACCACAGAGGGGAUGUAAGGAGUCUGCUCCAUCAGCAGAGGUAAUGGGCCCCAUCAUGAUCGAAGUUGUGUUUACAACCAGAGCAAUAUAGUAGAUGGAGUUUACUGCCUCCCAAUAGCACACUGGAUUGAAGUCUCUGGACAUACUGAUGAGAUGAAACAUACAACUGACUUCUAUUUUAAUAUUGCAGGACAUCAAGCUAUCCAUUACUCCAGGAUUCUGCCAAACAUCUGGCUGGGAAGUUGCCCUCGGCAGCUGGAGCAUGUGACCAUCAAGCUGAAGCACGAGCUGGGUGUUACGGCUGUGAUGAACUUCCAGACUGAAUGGGAUAUUGUUCAGAAUUCCUGGGGCUGCAACCGCUACCCAGAACCCAUGAGCCCUGAAAUCCUCAUGAAACUCUAUAAAGAGGAAGGUCUUGCCUAUGUCUGGCUGCCAACUGCAGACAUGAGCACUGAAGGAAGAAUACAGAUGUUGCCACAAGCUGUCUGCCUCUUGCACGGGCUACUGGAGAAUGGACACACUGUCUAUGUUCACUGCAAUGCUGGUGUCGGCAGAUCUACAGCUGCUGUCAGUGGCUGGCUGAAGUACGUGAUGGGAUGGAGCCUGCGGAAAGUCCAGUACUUUUUGACUUCCCGGAGACCAGCUGUCUACAUAGAUGAGGAAGCUCUGAAUCGUGCUGAAGAUGAUUUCUACCAGAAAUUUGGGCAUCUGCGUUCCUCGUACCAAAUACAAGAGUAGAAAAGCAGAAGAGAAAAAGGAAGGUGAAGAGGAACCCUUACUUUUGAACCUCAAGGACUUAGAAAUCAUGACUCAGACACCAACUUCACCUCUUCAGAUUAUAAGCUUGUCAUAAAAGUCACGAGAAUUUUGUUUAAAAAGUGCCUUGGAGUAUUUUUUAUUUACUUUCUUUAAGCUGAUACAAUGCAUGUUUUCAAGCCUUUUGGUGCAAGUAUGAGACCUAGAAACUCUACAAAGCAAAACUAAGAUUUUCUUCUAGCCUCUUGCCUAUAGGAACUGAGAUUUUAGGGUAGACAGUAAACAAGAUGUGAGGUGAAAUAGAGUUGACAAUAUUUCAGUGACAAGAAAGCAAAGGCAUUCUCAAAAAAAAACCAGUAUAAAGGUUGACUGAAUUAAUCUUCAGGUUAGAGUGGAGCAGAUCAUCAUCAAAGCUGCUCAGCUAUUUUAGGCAGAGUGUAGAUUGUUGCAGUGUUUUGUAGUAAUUUUAUAGACAAGUGGUAUUAAUAAGAAAGACCAUAAGGAAAUCGGUUUUUCAACUCAGUUUCUUAAACAAAAAGCUAAUGUCUAAUGCUGUGAACUAAAAUUUGCUCUCUUUGUCUUUCUAGUUAAUAUUAAAUAUUAUGAGCUACAGCUAUGCUUUUAUGACGUUGGGAUUGUGCUGGAAUGUGACACAAAGAGAGGAAACAGCUCCACCUGCUUCAGUCUUGCUCUGUUGUGGGGAAGGACCACUAUUUAUUAUAUUAUCCUAGGCUGUGAGUUCUCUGAGUUGAAGCUACAUUUUGCUUUUCUGGUCCGUGCAGUGCUGUACAAUGGGCUCCCUAGGUGCCAAGUCAAUCUAAGCACUGGGGUAAGACAGGACCUAUUGGAAUUGUGUGAUAAGCCUCUGUGCAUGAUUGACAUCACAGCCUCUGGACUGUUGACCUGGAUUUGAAUCUUCACUAUAGCAAAAGCCUCUCCUUGUGCAAGCAGUGUGUGGAUGUUCAUGGAUGUUAGGCUUAGCUGAUUGAAGCUAAUGCUGGGCUACUUCUGGGGUAAAUAAAGUGGAUACAUUCCUCUAAAGGAGCAAAGAGCAACUCUGAGAAGAGUUUCUCAGGAGCUUAGCCUCAGUAGGCUAAUAUUUGUUUUGUGGAUGAUCCCUAAUGUUUUCCGGUGCUGUCUGGUCACUUAGCUAAACUAAGUAGUGGCACCAACAGCUUCCAGCCCUGCUCAGGUAAAACCAAUUUGCUAUAGGUUGAGUUCAAGAGAGAAGGGAGAGAAUGUAUUUCCUAAGGAGGAGAGGAUUAAGGAUGCAAAAACAUUGAGAAACCUAAUUUCUAUAGGUUUAUUCUUCAGUGAAAUCUCAUUUUUUCCAGCCUUGUUCCUCUAAAGAUGCAGUCAGUGCCAGAGUAGUUUAGCUGAUAUAUAUUGAUUUUCUGAAUACUUAAUGGAGAAACUAUUAGAUAUGAACUGCUUAUGGAGAAACUCCAAAAUAAUAUAAUACAUUUUAUUUAUCCUGUACUUCAAUCAUCUUCAAAAGAAAAAAUGUUUAUUUAAGUUAUUCUACGUUUGGUUUUGGUCAUGACUUUGUUUCUGGUUUUUUGAAAUAAUGCUGCCUGUUUAGAAAAUGGAUGAGAAAGUUCUCUAUUAAAUAAAGACAUAAUGACAAUUCCAGCA